CUUAACAUAAAAAACAGGAGAUACAACUGCGUAUGGUACUGCGACUGAAAACUGCAAAACAAAACGCUCAUCUUCUGGUGUUGUUUUUUCUGUGCAGCCAUAAAUCGUAGAUUAAGGCUUUUAUAAGCCUUGGGCUUCUCUUCGAGUUCUGAUUCAAUAGCUGGGAUGCAUAAUUUCCCUCUAAAUUUUAGCUUGUUUAAUGGCAGGUAUUGGAAAUUUCACAGUAAAAAGGAAGAGAUAUUUAUUAGACAUAGAAGUGCAUUAAGCAACCGACGAAGAUUAUUCACGCGAUCGUAAGAAGCUGCACGAGGAGUUUGUGUUUACAUUUUGAGUUCAUAGAGCCGUUUGUUCUCGAAACAGAGGAGAUAUUUUAAAGGAGCUUUGUUGUUGUUGGAGACAUCGAGGUUGGUUAAUGUUAAACUAGUAUUGAUUAUCUGUUCCGUAAUUGUAAUUUUAGUCUACGGCUCAUAUUUUCCAAACUAACGAUAGUUUGGGUUGCUUUAACGGCGUAGUAACUGCACUACCCGAUUGUUGUUUAUCAUAAAUAUUGACAUCUAGCGUUAGUAAAGCGUCAUUGCAGUGCCGUCAUGAAGCUCCUGGAAAACUCAAGUUUUGAGGCUGUAAACAGUCAGCUUACAAUUGAGACGGGCGACUGUAAGAUUAUUGGACGAAUUGAGAGUUACUCCUGUAAGAUGGCAGGUGAUGACAAGCAGAUGUUUAAGCAGUUUUGUCAGGAGGGACAGCCACACGUACUGGAAGCUUUGUCUCCUCCGCAGAGCUCUGGGAUCAGUCCUAACAAAAUGAGUCAGAGUUUGGAUGAAGGAGAAGGUCCGCUGUCAGACAAAUGCAGCAGAAAGACACUGUUUUACCUGAUCGCAACGCUCAAUGAAUCCUUCCGGCCGGACUACGACUUCAGUCGUACCAAAGGCCACGAUUUCAGCAGAGAGCCCAGUGUCAACUGGGUGUUUAAUGCAGUAAACAGCAGUUUGUCUGCUGCUGCCGGGGAAUCGUACAGUCACCUGCAGCCUCAGUUAUGGGAGGCUAUAGACAAGGAGAUCAACCUUGCUGAAUGUGACAUAUACAGUUACAAUCCAGAUCUGGAUUCAGACCCGUAUGGAGAAGAAGGCAACCUGUGGUCCUUCAAUUACUUCUUUUAUAACAAAAGACUGAAGAGGAUUGUGUUCUUUACAUGUCGUUCGGUCAGUCUUUUCAUGGCUCCAAGAGACUCUGGUAUCGGCACUGAACUGGAUCUGGAGCUGGAUGAGGGCAGCUAUGAGGAAGAGGAGAACAUGGAUGAAGAGAGGUAUGGUGCACUGUGUGCCUGAUAAUGGGAUCUCUCAGUCCUGUUCCUGAAGCCAGCAACUUCUUGCCCAAGUUUAAAUUUCUGGUAUUUUUCCCUCCAUUCAUUAUUUUGUUGUUGGUCAUUUUCUGAAAAACAGAAGCGGUGUGGCAAUCCAGACAUUUUUUAAGUGCUACUCAUAGCAAUUUAACUCUUACCGAUACCACAUGGCUAUUUUGUGUACUUUCCUUUAAGACUUUCCGAUGACAUUUUCUUUACUGGCCUUCGAGGAAAGAAAAGUAAUGUGAUAUGUGUCAUCUUUUUUUAUUUUAUUUUUACUUUGCUUGUUGCAUAUACAGAUUGAACUUCACGCUUCUUUUGUGUUCAAGCUUUAUAAAAUGCACAAAAAGUAUUUCCACUAGAUGGCAUCUUCCAACUUUCCAUGUCAUUUGUCUCAGGUUACUCUUUGCAGAUUCAGUAUUCAGUUUUUAUUUUUUUUAAGUUAAAAGGCUUUUUUAAGCAUUAAACAGGAAGGACAUUUAAAACAGAUGCAUGUUUUGAUUUAUAACAUUUUUAUUCAUAUUCUGAAACACACACCUGCUCUCAGCAACACUAUUUCCAAACCAUUUUAAAUUGCCAUCAUUUAUAGAUGUUUUACCUUCUUUUUUAUUUCUUUAACUUAAGUGUUUUACAUCUCCAUACAACCUGCAAAUUUGUUUUCUAGAUAUAAAAAAAUUGCCUGGCUACAAUGUUAUUUUCUCACAAAGAAUAGAAAUGUUAAUGGAACGGUAGUAGAUUUAUCAUUAUAGACAUGAUGGGUCUGCUUUUGUUAGUGCUUUGUACUUUGUUACUGUUUUUUUCCACUGUCAUUGAAUUUUGUAACAUCUGUGAGGUGUAUAACAUGUGAAGUAAACAUUGUAUCUCGGGUUUCUUUUGAAAAGACUUGUUUGUCUUUAGUGAUCAAUCAAGAAGAAAUGGUGAUCAUCAUUAAGAAAUUGUUAUUUGCAUUAAGUAACUUUGCCUGUGUAACCAAGUUAUUUGGAAUGGUAUCGGGUGUGAUCGGAUUACCUAGAAAUUAGGUGUGAAGAAUGACAUACCGUAGUAUUACAAAACCGACCAUUCGAUGUUCAAAUAGGACUUUCAACAUCAACCUAUCACAUUUAGGCCUGUAGUUGAAUCUUUCUACUGAUGAUUAAAAUACAUUUCCUCAUGAGAAACCUAGUUCUUAUUGUCCAGUGUUAUGUGAUGGGAUCAGUUGUUGAUGAUCGGGCCAUAUGUGGAACACCUCAUGGUGAAAUCUCUUUAAAUUCUUUGUCUGUUUUAGAUUUGACUGCGACCCUUCAAUGUUUGUCAUUUUGAGCACUGAUGGUAUGACAGAAAUUUAUUUGGAUCAGUAUAAGAACAGGAUAUUCAGAUUGCUUUGAGUGUUUUUUCUUUUUUUUUUUUUGUACUAUUGAUAAACCCCAAUUGUUUUAAUUCGAACUUUUUUCUUUUUUUCUUUAUGAAUAUACUUUUAAUGAGUGUUUUUAUUAUUUCCCCAAUGCUGUUAAAUAAAUCUACCAACUUAAAUGUUCAA